AUGGAACGGGGCGAUGAUGCGCCAAAUAUCUCGAGUUCCGACAAUAACGAAUCUGCGAAUCAACCAGUUGCAGAGUUCAGGGAGGGCGGUUAUGGCUGGUUGGUCACCCCUAGCAUUCCGGUGGCGUUGCUCAACGCCCAUACAUGGGGUCUCAACUCUUCCUUCGCCGUAUUCCUGGCCUAUUAUCUUCGUAGUGGCACUUUCGAAGGCACUAGCACCAUUGGCUAUGCCUUCGUUGGCGGCUUGUCUCUUUCAAUAGCCAUGCUCAUAUCACCCCUCGCCACCUACUUCGCCGGCUCCAAAUGGUGCGGAACGAGGAAGACCAUCUUCCUCGGGGCCGUCUUUGAAACCGCAGGUUUCGUCGGAGCCUCGUUCACGAGUCAGCUUUGGCACCUGCUUCUCAGUCAGGGUGUAGCUUUCGGCGUAGGCAUGGGCUUCUGCUUCGUAGCCUCCUACCCCGUCCCCACGCAAUGGUUUAGCAAGCGACGCUCCCUAGCCAGCGCCUGCGCCGCCGCCGGCUCCGGCUUCGGCGGUUUCAUCUACUCCCUCUCGACCAAUGCCAUGAUCGCCCGCAUCGGACUGCCUAGAACGUUCCGUGCACUCGCCAUCCUCUGCUUCGUCGUGAAUGGAGCUUGCAGCGUGCUGAUCCGCGACCGCAAUAAAGCCAUUGGCUCCGUGACCGCGGCGUUUAACUGGCGCCUCUUCGCAAGGCCGUCCUACGUUUUGCUCGAGAUGUGGCUGUUUUUCUCCGUAAUGGGAUAUGUCAUUCUUUUGUUUAGCAUUGCGGAUUAUAGUCAGGCGGUAGGACUUACGACUUCGCAGGCUAGUUUGGUGGGGGCUCUGUUUAAUUUAGGACAAGGUCUAGGCCGCCCCAUGAUAGGCCUCUCCUCCGACUCCGUCGGCCGCCUUAACAUGUCCUGCCUCUGCACCCUGCUCUGCUCCCUCCUCUGCUUCUUUUUCUGGAUCUUCGCCGCCCGCUCCCUCGCCGCCUGCAUCGUCUUAGCCUUCCUCAGCGGCACCGUCGCGGGAGUCAUGUGGGCCACCGCCGGUCCCGUCUGCGCCGAGGUCGUAGGCCUACCCCUGAUUCCCUCGGCGCUAUCCAUGAGCUGGCUCGUUCUCGUGAUUCCGUCUACGUUUUCGGAAGUCGUUGGGCUGAGUUUGAGGAAAGAGACCGGAUACUGGGGGUAUUUGGAUGUCCAAAUCUUCGUGAGCUGCAUGUAUCUUGUUGCAUUUAUGGCGUUGUGGAUGCUCAGGGCCUGGAAGGUGGCGGAGUUAGAAGAGGCAGGGUUGGAUAAGGAAGGGAGAGAGAGGGCGGUUAUGGACGAUGCAGCGAUGCCUCAUGAAAGUGGGGUGACAACCGAUGUGCAGGUUGAGGGGGCUGAUUUGGUCAGGCACAGACGAAGAGCCAUGCUUAGAGGGUUGUGGGCGAUAGAGCGUGUGUAG